ACUGCCCGUCCCAUCCUUUUCCAAUCCUCUCACUGCUCCCACACCCUAGUUAUAUUCUUCCUCUCCUCGCCCUUUUCUUUCCACCCCCCCUCUCUAGAUUAACCACCCACAAAUACACUCCACCACAUCACAAACUACGCCUCCAUCAUGUCUCUGUCCAUCAACCUUGAGCUCCCUAACGGUGUCAAAUACGAUCAACCUCUUGGAUUGUUCAUCAAUGGCGAAUUCGUGAGGGGUGUCGAAGGCAAGACCUUCGAGGUCAUCAACCCAAGCACUGAGAAAGUGAUUUGCUCCGUCAAUGAAGCAACUGAAAAGGAUGUCGACAUUGCAGUACGUGCUGCUCGUGCAGCCUUUGAGGGGGAGUGGCACAAGGUUACCCCCGCCCAGCGUGGCAAGUUCCUCUGCAAACUCGCAGAUCUCUUUGAGGAGAACCUUCUCACGUUAGCCUCCGUGGAGGCGCUGGACAACGGAAAGAGCGUUAGCAUGGCCAAGGGCGACGUCGGCGCUGCCGCCGCUUGCCUGAGGUACUAUGGCGGAUGGGCCGACAAGGUCCACGGAAAGGUCAUUGACACCGAACAUGGAAAAUUCAACUACACAAAACAAGAGCCCAUUGGCGUCUGUGGACAGAUUAUCCCAUGGAACUUCCCGAUCCUUAUGUGGGCAUGGAAAAUUGGUCCUGCCAUUGCCACCGGUAAUGUUGUUGUCCUCAAGACUGCGGAGCAGACCCCCCUCAGCGGCCUGGUGGCCGCAGAGUUGGUCGCUAAGGCUGGAUUCCCUCCCGGUGUUAUCAACAUUCUCUCCGGUUUCGGUAAGACCGCUGGCGCCGCUAUUUCCUCCCAUAUGGACAUCGACAAGGUUGCCUUCACUGGAUCAACUAUCACAGGACGUACCAUCAUGAAGGCUGUUGCAAACAGUAACCUGAAGAAGGUUACCCUGGAGCUUGGUGGAAAGAGCCCCAACAUUGUGUUUGACGAUGCCGACAUCGAUGAGGCCAUUAGCUGGGUCAACUUUGGUAUUUUCUACAACCACGGACAAUGCUGCUGUGCUGGAUCCCGUAUCUACGUCCAGGAGGGCAUCUACGAUACUUUUGUCGAGAAGUUCAAGAAGAGAAUAAAGGAGAACGUUGUUGGAGACCCAUUCGAGAACGAGACCUUCCAGGGUCCUCAAGUCUCCCAGCUCCAGUUCGACAGAAUUAUGGAAUACAUUGAGCACGGAAAGAAGGAGGGAGCCAAGAUCGAAAUCGGUGGGAAGCGCCAUGGAGACGUUGGCUACUUCAUCGAGCCUACCAUCUUUUCUAAUGUAGAUGAAAGUAUGAAGAUCAUGCAGGAGGAGAUUUUCGGCCCUGUUGCCUCUAUUGCCAAGUUUAAGACUGUGGCAGACGCCAUUGCUCUUGGUAACAAGACUACCUUCGGCCUUGCUUCUGCCGUUCACACCAAGAACCUCGAAACUGCUUUGACCGUCGCCAACAGCUUGAAGGCUGGUACCGUUUGGGUCAACACCUACAACACUCUCCAUGCGGCUCUUCCAUUUGGCGGCUUCAAGGAGUCCGGCAUCGGCCGUGAACUUGGAAAGGCCGCGUUGGCCAACUACACUCAGGUCAAGACCGUCUCGGUCAACAUGAAUGGUGCGCUGUAUUAAGCAUGUUCGCUCUGGCUUGCCAGUGGGCGUGUGGGAAGGCAUUUUUCAGGCAGGCAAAAAUUACAGGUCUCCUUGAUUUCGCAACCGUUAGGCGUGGCUUUUACUUUCCUCUUUUACUUUCACCUUUUUAUCUAUUCCUAUCGCCUACUUUGUAUUGUAAAUCUCGAUGAAAAACGAAAUGGAAAUGCC